CCGUAAGUCAUCUUUCGUCGCUAAGGUAUGUUGUUGUUCUCUACCCUACAAGUCCGUUGUUCACUGUGCUGUAUUUUCCUAGAAAUUCCGUGUCAUCUACUAAUACAAGCCAUUAACGAGUUUUACUACUCACGAUUCCUCAGACGACCGUCAGGACCACAAGACCACGACGUCCUCGCUAUCAAACAAACAACCAUCUAAAUCAACUUAGAUCCAAUAACGACACUGACUACGAUUAACGACUGUUCAUAACGCUUUCUCGGUUUCACUUUUGCUUUCUUCAUCUUUUCGAAUUUCAACGACUUGUUUUACUACGAUCACGACUACAUUUAACGUCUUCGAAGACUGUUUGUUCACAUCACAUACGCAAGAGACACGAUGUCAAGACAGCUUCUCUCACGACCAACUGACACUACACGCACCCGCUCUCCAUCACCCUUUGCAACUCCUGCACCCAAGCUUACCAUCCCCACCAUCCGCCUUGUCGCCGCAACGCCUUCAGACGCCGGCUCACCUGUUGCCCCAUGGUCUGAACCUCAGCCCCCACCCCCUCUGGCACCCAAAGCAUCGUCCUCAGAUGCAACGCCCCGCAGACGUCUCGUACCCAAGAAAUCAAAACUUGGUAUCCUCUCUUCGCGAGAGACUGAUUUAUCAGACGUGGUGCGUCGCGUUGGUGCCGGCUCCUCGAAUAAGAAUGGCAGCGCGGGCAUCGAGAUUUACGUUGACCCAACUGACGAUCCCGAAAUCGGGGAAAUUGUCGUGGUGAAGAAGAAGAAGAGCCGCGUAGCCCUGGAUGGCAUGCGCUGGGGUCCCGCUCUCGGUGAGGUGACCAACGUCCCCCAUGUCAAGGAGAAGGAGAAGAAAGAGAGGAAGAAAGACAAGGAGAAUACAUUGAAGGUGAAGGUGGAUGAGAAGAGCGGGUGGUGGAGUAUUGGAAAGGGGAAGAAGGAAUCAAAGGAGAAAGACAGAUCGAAAUCGCCUGAACCAACCUCGACCGUCCACACCGACUCUCGUGCACGGUUCAAUUCUCUUGACUCGGGAAUCUUGCUGAACAGCCCUGUGUUCCCUGAGCACCCCAAGUCGCUUGCGGAGAACCAGCAUCUACGUGUGCCAACACCACCCUCUGCGUCAUUCGCGUCCGCUACAUAUGGUGCCACACUCGCCCCACCAGGUGCUGCUCCACUCGGCUCAGGUAAAGAUAGCGUCGCACUCCGAGCCAUUCGCUCCGUCCGUUCUCUCGCCCGUAUCGGGUCUUGGGCACAGCUCAAAAACACCCCCGCACCAGAAGAUCCGCCCACACUUGCCGCCGCACCCAUCAUCAGCGAGCCCAAGCGAAAGAAGAAAAAAAAGGAUAAGGACCAACUCAAGGAAAAAGAAAAGAAGGACAAGGCCGCUACCGUGCGCUACUCGGGCAGUAGCUUUGAAGCUGGCGCGCUUACAGCUAGCCCUGAGAAGGAAGCUUGUAGAGCGUCCCUUCGCAAGAAGAAGUCUAUUCUUGGGCUGGGCCUCCCCUCCACGAUGCGUCUCCCGUAUUUGCGCAGUGGGUCUACAGCAUCGUCGGUCGUAGCUGCCGAAGUGCAAAGCUCGAACCGGCUGUCGGUGGAUUCUGCUGCGGUGUUAGGUGGUAGUAUUCUGGCCAGAGCAAGAUCUGGGUCCAUCAUGACAGCGAGCAGUGCGGGCAGCGUUAGACCUGUUUCUGUAUCUUCGGGAGGAUCU